CCGUCUCGGCGCGCGGUUCCGGUUCCGGCGGCGGGCGGGGCGGCGCGGGAGGAUGGAGGCGCGCGUGGCGCAGGCGGCCGCCCGGCUCGCGCGGCAGGUGAGGGGAAGAUUUCUAGUACUCAGCUGACCAAAGAGCCCUUGGAGAUGUCAGCAUGACUUCAUGUAGUUCCCGCAGCUUCUCAUGAGGUGGUCAUCAGUUCACACUCAGAGGAUUGCUGAAACUUUCUGAAGAAGAGGAGCAGAAAACAAGGAAAACGAAAUUAAGUGCUUAACUGCAGAAAUUGAGCACCUGAAGAACUUUGGGUGCUUGGGAGUCUCCCCGAGUUUGGAAGGAUUACGAGACGAAAACGCAAAACUUAAAUAUCGCUUAAACUUUCUUCGAAAGAGCCUUCAAGAGGAAAGAAGUAAACCAGUGAGAAGCAUGAUCAACAUCAACAGCUGUCUUCAAGAGAUCUUUGGAGCUGCCAUUCAGGCUGCCUACCCAGAUUUAGAAAACCCUCCGCUCGUGGUGACACCAAGUCAGCAGCCCAAAUUUGGGGAUUACCAGUGUAACAGUGCCAUGGGCAUAACACAGAUACUGCUCAAAACCACGGAACAGAAGGUCAGCCCGAGAGAAAUCGCUGAGAAGAUUUCGAAAAAUAUUCCUGCCAAUGACUGCAUCGAGAAGGUUGAAAUCGCCGGUCCUGGUUUUAUCAAUGUCCACUUGAGAAAAGAUUUUGUAUCAAAGCAGCUGAGCAGUUUACUGGUGAAUGGAGUUCAACCACCAGCUCUUGGCAAAAGGAAAAAGGUGGUGGUGGAUUUCUCUUCCCCUAACAUCGCAAAGGAGAUGCACGUUGGUCACCUGCGGUCAACCAUCAUUGGAGACAGUAUGUGCCGCCUGUUCGAGUUUGCAGGUUACGAUGUUUUGAGGUUAAACCAUUUAGGAGAUUGGGGCACCCAGUUUGGAAUGCUCAUUGCUCACCUCCAAGACAAAUUUCCAGAUUACUUGACCAUUUCUCCUCCCAUCGGGGAUCUCCAAGCUUUCUACAAGGAAUCCAAGAGGAGAUUUGACACAGAGGAGGAAUUCAAGAAGCGUGCCUACCAAUGUGUGGUGAUGCUGCAGAGCAAAAACCCGGACUUCAUCAAAGCAUGGAACCUGAUAUGCGACGUGUCUCGGAAAGAGUUUCAGAAAAUCUACACCUGCUUGGACAUUACACUCACAGAGAGAGGGGAAUCGUACUACCAGGAAAUGAUGAAAGACAUUGUGCAAGAAUUUGAAGACAAAGGAUUCGUCCAGGUGGAUGAUGGGCGGAAGAUCGUCUUUGUCCCAGGUUGCUCAGUCCCCUUGACAAUCAUGAAAUCAGAUGGAGGCUACACAUACGACACAUCCGACUUAGCCGCUCUUAGACACAGGCUGUGUGAGGAGAAGGCAGAUAUCAUUAUCUAUGUUGUCGAUAGUGGGCAGUCGGUGCAUUUGCAAACAGUGUUUGCAGCUGGACAGAUGAUCGGCUGGUAUGAUCCCAAAGUGACCAGAGUGGCCCAUGCUGCAUUCGGAGUGGUGCUGGGAGAGGACAAGAAAAAGUUCAAAACUCGUUCAGGGGAUACAGUGCGUCUUAUAGAUCUGCUGGAAGAAGGGCUGAAACGAGCCAUGGACAAGCUGAAAGACAAGGAACGAGACAAGGUCCUCAGUGAGGAAGAGCUGAGAGCUGCCCAGACAUCAGUUGCUUUCGGAUGUAUUAAAUAUGCAGAUCUCUCCCACAACAGACUAAACGAUUAUGUAUUCUCCUUUGACAAGAUGCUGGAUGACCGAGGAAAUACAGCUGCUUAUUUGCUGUAUGCCUUCACACGGAUCAGAGCUAUUGCUCGCUUGGCCAGUAUUGAUGAGGAGAUGCUGCAGAAGGCAGCCAGAGAGGAGGUGCUCAUCCUUGAUCAUGAGAAGGAAUGGAAACUGGGCAAGUGUCUCCUGAGGUUCCCUGAGAUCGUGCAGAAGAUCCUGGAAGACCUGUUGCUGCAUACGCUCUGUGACUACCUCUAUGAGCUGGCCACAACCUUCACUGAGUUCUAUGACAACUGCUACUGUGUCGAGAAGGACAGGCAGAGUGGCCAGAUCGUGAAGGUGAACAUGUGGAGGCUGCUGCUGUGUGAGGCCACUGCAGCUGUCAUGGCCAAGGGCUUUGACAUCCUGGGGAUUAAACCUGUGCAGAGGAUGUAGCUGUGCCAUUAAAGUCACUCGUUGGUCUGGCA